AUGUCUGAAAUUCGACAAGUAGCCAUCAUUGGCUGCGGCUCAAUCGGAGCGUCUUGGGCUGCACUCUUUCUUGCUCAAGGGCUCAGCAUAUCCGCAUUCGACAUCAACCCAGCUGCCGAGACUUUCCUUCGCAAUCUGGUCACCGAUGCUCUCCCUGUCCUAUCAUCACUGGGAUUGGUUAAGGACUCCAGUGUCAAGGCGUCCGACAUUUCUUUCACCACCAACAUCCACGAAGCUCUCAAGGAUGCAGACUUCGUUCAAGAGAACGGCCCCGAAAAGUUAGAAUUCAAGCGAAAGUUGUUCACCGACAUGGCCGCGAUCAUUCGUCCAGACACGAUUAUUGCGACAAGUAGUAGCGGCCUGACAUGCUCAAGCAUCCAAGAAGGAAUGGAGCCACGCUGCAAACCUGAGCGGUGUGUGGUGGGCCACCCAUUCAACCCACCGCAUUUGAUUCCUUUGGUCGAAGUUGUUGGAGGAACCCAAACUUCUACAGAAACUGUGGAAAGAACAAUGGAAUUUUACAGGCUCAUGGGGAAGAAACCGGUACACGUCAAAAAAGAGGUCGUUGGACAUGUUGCCAAUCGAUUGCAGGCUGCAUUGAUAAGAGAGGUCAUGUACCUCCUGCAAGAGGAUAUCGUUGGCGUCCAAGACAUUGACGAUGCUAUGAGUUAUGGGCCUGGUCUGCGCUGGGGUGUUAUGGGACCGAGCUUGUUGAUGCAUUUGGGUGGGGGGGAAGGAGGCAUAAAGCACAUGGCGGACCACCUACUAGGGCCUUUGAUGACAUGGUAUGCACCUAAGGACCCUGAGGUUAAUGAUGAGUUGAAGGAAAAAUGGGUACAGGGUACAGUACAAGGAGUUGCAGGAAGACAGUACCGGGAGUUGGCCAAGCAGCGGGACGAAGAACUGGUUAGGCUCUUGAACAUCCGUAAAGAAUGGGAUGGUUACGCAGAUGCUCAAAAGUAG